GUUUAACUUGGAAUCGUUUGAACAGCAGGACUAACAACAGCGCAAGGAAUAAAAUAUAGCCAGACAUGAGAGUAUUUGCACUGACCGUAACGACACUCUGCCUGGCAGUCGUGGCACAAGGCUCCGUCGACUAUCAAUUGUCAUGCGAUCGUGAUGAGAUCGGCAUACGUUGGCCGAGUUACCACAGUAAUUCAGAAUAUUACAUGUGCACACAUGUUGGAGGUAGGCAGCUCAAAAUGAGCUGUGGUCCUGGUGAACUUUUCACUUUCGUACUACAAGCGUGCACCACACCCGGAAGGUUCAUUCCACCACCACCAGCGGGAAUUUUACCACUAAGCUCUUCAUUUAAACAAACAUCUCACGCGGAAAAGGAAUCAGUUAAUGAUGUGAAGAUACCAAAACCCUUGUAUCCCAUCGGUGAUCAACCACCAGUAAUUGUAAAUUCACAAAGCUCACCAGUUUCGAUUUUGGAACAUCUGAAGCCACCAAGCCUAGAGAAACCCGUUAGCGAACCUCCACAUGCGGACCAAACCGACGAUGAGAAAUCCAGCAAUUCUAAAGAACUAGAAGAAUCAGUGUUGCCAUCGCUGCCCGGCAAACCUAAACCAUCGAAGGUACUAUCAACCGACAUCACUGUACCAGUGCCACCCACUCCAGAACCUACACCUCCAGUCGUAAAGAAGCAACCCGGCAAGAAACCGCCGCCAGCAAAUAAUAAUAACAAAUCAGUCGAAACCGGGAAGAAGCCACCAACACCGCCAAAGAAAAAUAAACUUGAGCCAAAUAAUAAUAGCAAAUCAAUUGAACCAACGAAGAAGUCACUGACGCCGCCAAAGAAAAAUAAGCCAAUGCCACCAACUCAGUCGUAGAGAAGAGUGAACGGAGUGCAAAGACUCGAUUUAAAUUUUAAACCUCCUUAUUCAAAAUAAUUUUAUGAGUACAGUCAGUUAAUCAAGCGGAAUUUC